CCCCGGGUCGCCUUGGCCAGCGUCCGCGGCUUCCGCAAGGUACCGGCUGGCCAGGGAGCGGAGCAGGAGACCGCCUGGCCCGGCAUGGAUGAAGAGACCCCUCCGUGGCAAGAAAGGCCGGAUUUAGAGCAGUUUCGGGACGUCAGAGGCCUGGAUUCUUCCCUCUCGCCCAAGUGCCGCUUCAGGAGAAGGAUGAAGCGGGACGAGAGCAAGGAAACCUACAAACUGCCCCACCGGCUGAUCGAGAAGAAGAGACGCGACCGGAUCAAUGAAUGCAUCGCUCUGCUGAAGGAUUUGCUCCCGGAACAUCUCAAACUGACGACAUUGGGGCACCUGGAGAAGGCCGUUGUGCUGGAAUUAACCUUGAAACACGUCAAAACUUUAACCGCCUUAACGGAACAGCAGCAUCAGAGAAUCAUUGCUCUACAGAAUGGGGACGGAUCCCUGGAGUCUCCUCCGCAGUCCGACCUGGAGGCUUUCCACUCGGGCUUCCAAACCUGCGCCAAAGAAGUCCUGCACUACCUCGCCCGACCCGAGAGCUGCUCCGGCCGGGAGCAACGCUGCGUCCAGGUGCUCGGCCACCUGCGCGCGGUUUGCGCUCGCUUCCUGCCCGGCUGCCCCCUCUGGAUCCCAAAACAGUCGCCGCCGCCGCUGGAGCCGCGUCCCGGCGGGGCCCUGAAGCAGGAGCCCCCUCCCCAGGCCCACUGCGUGCCCGUCAUCCAAAGGACUCAAAACUGGGGUAAGCGGUCCGCCCCCCAGCCGCCCCCCAGCGGCCCGGACCAAGCCGGGGAGCCGGACACCGACACGGACAGCGGCUACGGCGGCGAGGGCGAAGGGAAGAAGACCCCACAGGCUGUCUUGAGGGUCAAGCGGGAGCCCGCGGGCGACGGGGUGGGGGGAGCCCCCGAGGGGUCCAAAAGACGCAGGCUGGAGAACGCCGGCAGCCCCUCGCCUGGCCCGGGGCGGGGGGUUGGGGUCUCAGAGACCAGGCCGGCUCUUUUCAACCCCCGGAUGGCUUUGGGCGUGGGGGGCGGCAUUGGGGGGGCUCUCUUGGCCCACGCCGCCCCCACCGCGUCCUUCUGCUUGCCUUUCUACUUCAUCGCCCCGUCCGCUGCCUACCUGCAACCUUUCCUGGAGAAGGUCGGCUGGGAGGCAUCGCUUUACCCCGCCGGGGCCGCUGCGGGACCCUUCCCCUUAUUCUACCCAGGGAUUUCCAUCCAGGGGGCCGCCCCCGCGGCUUUGCCUUCCCUUGCCGCGGCCGAGAAAGGGAGCCCGCUUUCAGGGGCAGCCCCCGCACCCCUCGCUUUCCCGGGCAGGGAGACCCCUCUGCUCAGCCCCCUCCCCGGCUUCUCCCCCCCUCCGCAAGCCGGCCGGACUAAAGGCAGACACGGAUCCUCGCCCAAAGCUUGAACUGCAGCAGCCCGGCUGGGG